GGUACGGCUUUUUUGCCUCCCAAGCCUCCCCAGACUGAUCAUCUCUAGGAAACAAGCCAAAGUUAAAACGGGAAGAUGCAAAUACUGUAAAAUACAGAGAGCACUGCAAGAAAUUUCAAAAGGGACUCUCCAAUGUCCUCAUCUCCAUCUCCCCGUCCGCCCUCUUUAUCACCAUGCGUCCUCGUAGCUCGGUUCCUCAGGUCCAACAAUUACGAGCAAACACUAGCAGCAUUUCUCGAAGAAACGGGCCUGCCGCCCGACUUAGGUCUCUCGGCUUUGGAGCCAAGGAGUGAGGAUUGGACUAUUGAGAAAAUUCUGGAGGAAAAGAUGGUUUUUGAUAAAUCCCUGGAAUUUGAAAGAACUGCCCAUGAAGAAGGGCAGGAUGGGUGGAGCAUUCCUGCACCAUCGACACCAAACAUCAUUGAGACUCCAAGCAAGUCGAACCUAGUCACCGUCACUGUUCAACCCUAUAUAAAAUCAUCAGAAGAUGGCCAUCCGGAAGAAUCGUCAGUGAUCAUUGCUUCGGGGGCGGACAAGCGCGUGAGUCUCUAUGAAGUUGACGCCCCCUACUCUGUCAUAUCUACAUUCAAAGACCUAGUAGAUUCCCCUCUUCUUUCUGGCACCUGUCUCUACGAUGGCGCAUACCGAGCCACGACAACGAUGUCCGGGCAACUAUUGCUAUUCCAAGGACAGAAAAUUAUAGCAUCCAGAAAAGAUCAUACCAAAUGUGCCGUAGCGGUGGUGGCGUUCCAGGAAGAGCAGCCGAUAUUCCAAACCACGUGGCUAGCGACGGCGGGGUGGGAUUCGAGAAUAUAUAUCUACCGCAUCACAAUCCCAGAUGUAGGUGCGCAGCUCACAAUCGGUGAACCGCUAGCGGUUAUCAAAACGGCCACGGUACCGGAGUGCAUUCUCUUCAUGCGCAGCCAGGGUACGGGGGAUCUAGUCCUUCUGGCCUCUGUAGCUGAUUCAACAAACCUAUACUAUUACCUCGUCGAAUCGCCCCUUAACAGGCUCGAAAGAGGGCAUAGAACGAUCAACAAUCAACCGCACGAAUGCCCACUUCUUGGAAAGCAGGAUCUAUCACCACACUCGAAUGCAUGGGUUGCGUUCUCCCCCGCCUGUUUUGCUCUUAGUCCGCGAGACCCAACCCUUCUUGCUGUCGCGACGUCAAGCCAGCCGUAUAUGAAACUCAUAUUUGUGCGGAUUCUCAUGCCAUCGGCAUCACCAUCUACACCGCCUGAACGUAGGCAAAGCUCCGGCCAGCGGGUGACACAGGCAUUACGCGCGAUGGCAGAUCUUGGCAUCCAUAAUCGAGAGGACGCUGCCAUCCUUGCUCAAGUGAACACGAUGGCGCCACAAACAGCAUAUUCUACCCCGCAGGUUGUUUGGAGGCCCGACGGGUCUGGGGUUUGGGUUAAUGGAGAGGAUGGGGUGAUUAGGGGUAUAGACGCUAGGACGGGGAAGCUGGUCGUGUCUUUGACAGGAGGACAUGAACCUGAUACCAAGGUCAGGAGUAUCUGGGCAGGUUGGGUUCGCUUGAAUGACGGAGAGAAUGAAGAACGGCUGGUUAGUGGUGGAUUUGAUAAGAAGUUGAUUAUGUGGACGCCAGAGCGUAGAUAA